UGGGCAUUCGAGAAUUAGAUAUAAGGAAUAGAUGAAAUCCAAAUAUGAACCUAUAUAAAUCGUAAUUGGUAAUCAAUAAAAUCGGUGAGAAAAAUCAUUUUUGAAGUACAUUGUAUCCUUAUAGUUGUUGAAGCUGCCAUUAAAAUAGUUAUACUCAGCACUCACAUCUCACCAGUAUCAACUAGUUUCUACUUCGCUAAAAUUUGGGGGUUUAGGGUUUUCCGUGCGCACCAAAUUUACGGGAGGGUAAUUUGAAGAGAUAGAGGAAAGGGAAUGGACCCAGAGGAUAUCGAUAAAGUGGUGCUCGCCUAUUUGGAUAAGAGGGGUUUUAAGCAAGCUGAGCUCGCAUUACAGCAGGAGAAACAGCAGCAAGGCAAAGGCAACGCCUCGAUCGCCCAAAUUGACUCUGAUAUUGCCAAACAAAUCCUUGCCUUUGCUGAAGUGGAUAGUCCCGCGCAGUACCAUGAAGGGUAUGGCAAACUUCGAUCAUGGGCUUAUAGUUCACUGGAUCAGUACCAGCACGAGUUGGUCAGAGUUUUGUAUCCGGUAUUUCUCCAUGGAUUUAUGGAUCUUGUUGCGAAGGGACAUAUUCAGGAAGCUCGAGAUUUUUUUAAUAGCUUUCGAGGAGACCACGAGCUGACGCAUUCACGUGACCUCCAAAAAUUAGAAGGGGUUCUUUCUCCCUCUCAUCUAGAGGAGAUGGAAUUUGCACAUACUCUCAGGAAGAGCAAAGUUAGCAUUAAGAUAUGCCAAUACUCCUAUGACCUGCUUCUGCAAUACUUGCACAAGUCUCAGUCAACUACGAUGCUUGGAAUCAUCAACGAGCACAUCAACUUUCAAGUUUGUCCUGGACAACCAAGCUCAAUUGCUGAUGACGCAGAAUUUGUUACCCUUUUUGGAAGUGACCAGGAUGCAGCUAAUUUGAUAAAUCAGAAAGAGAUACAUUGGGGGUUGCUUGAAGAUUCUUUGGAAGAAAAGUUGGAGAAGACAAGCGUCUCUAACGUGGAUUCAGAAAAGGCAGAUGGAGAAAUGAGAGAAGGGGAACUGGAAGAGAAUAAGGCUGUUACUGUCAUUCCCGUUGUCCAGAAAAGACCAGUCGAUGGUGGCAAACAAGGAGCUACACUUAAGAAGCAAAAGAAGGAUAAGGUUGCAGGUUCCACAACAAAAGCCAAUCGUUCGGACAAUGCCACAGUUUCUGGAGCACCACGUGUCAAACCAGAGCUGGCCUUGCCAGUAAUGUAUAUCCCAGAAUCUUGUGCAGUUAUGCCUUUUCCUGUUAUUGUCAUUUCUGUCAUUAUUGGCUGUAGAACGGAAGAUGUGGAACAUUCUAUUCUUGAAGACUUGAGAAACCGUGUUCAGUUGAGUAGCAUGACAUUGCCUUCGGUCAGUUUCUACACAUUCAUCAACACACAUAACAGCCUGAAUUCUGUUUCAAUGUCUCAUGAUGGAUCAAUGGUAGCCGGUGGAUUUUCGGACUCCUCAUUAAAGGUUGAUCGCUUUUCUGUUUGGGACAUGGCAAAGCUUGGGCAACAAAAUGGAAACUCCCCAUUGCAGGGUGAAAACGAGGUGGUGCCGAAUGAGCAUAUGCCUGGAUCAAAUGCUGGGAGAAGACCUUACACUUUAUUUCGAGGUCACUCUGGGCCUGUUCAUUCUGCUACUUUUAGUCCUUUCGGGGAUUACAUUUUAUCAUCAUCAUCAGAUUCUACAGUAAGAUUGUGGAGCACGAAAUUUAAUGCGAAUCUGGUUUGCUACAAGGGUCACAAUUACCCUGUGUGGGAUGUCCAGUUUAGUCCAGUAGGACACUAUUUUGCCAGUGCUUCACAUGAUCGGACAGCAAGGGUCUGGGCUAUGGAUAGAAUACAGCCAUUAAGAAUAAUGGCAGGUCAUUUAUCUGAUGUUGAUUGUGUGCAGUGGCACGCCAACUGCAACUACAUUGCGACUGGGUCCAGUGACAAAACCGUGCGGCUUUGGGAUGUUCAGAGUGGGGAGUGUGUUAGGAUUUUCAUCGGGCAUAGGAGUUCGGUUUUAUGCCUGGCGAUGUCACCUGACGGCCGUUACAUGGCGUCUGGUGAUGAAGACGGCAAGAUUAUGAUGUGGGACCUCUCUUCUGGACGAUGUGUAUCCCCUCUGGUUGGCCACAGCUCUUGCAUAUGGUCACUCGCUUUCAGCUGUGAAGGUUCGCUUCUAGCAUCUGGCUCUGCCGACUGCACAGUCAAGAUAUGGGACGUGGCCACAAGCUCAAAGGUCAAUAAAACAGAAGAAAACAAAAGUGGAAGCACGGGCAGGCUCAGAUCAUUGAAGACACUACCCACUAAAUCCACCCCAGUAUACGCGCUGCAGUUCUCAAGAAGGAAUCUUUUAUUUGCUGCUGGAGCUCUCUCAAAGCAAUCAUAACUCUUUAACUUGUUAGGUCUCAUGACCUGUGGUAAAUUUUCGAAGAAAAACCAUAAGUCUUUCGUGGUCUGGUCGUACAUUUUGCUUUCAGCUCCUUGGAUAUUUAAUCUAUUUUUGUUUGUGUAAUGUUGAGAUUUCUAUAGCAGUAUAGUUGCAGAACUAACUAGUUUUACCCACUCCCCAGAGUAGUGAACUGAGAAACUUCAUUUCCAUGUUGACCUGUCCAAAUUAUCUUUUGAAAAAGAUGGUGUUUGUGGAUAGAACUGUUCUUGCUCGUCAAGAUUGUUUCAUUAACACUAUUUUCCUCUUACCUGUUGACCCUGACAUUUUUGGUUAACAAGUUGAGCUCGACCAUGUUAUUUUAUAGUUUUUGUGUUAAAAA